GUUUCAACUUCAUCAAGGAAAAGUCCUCCUUUGACUCCACACUGAACACAACUUAAGACGACUUUCUCUUCCCGCGGUCGGAAGUGAGGCGAUGUUGUGGAGCGGCCAUGGUCCUCGCCUCUUCGCCUUUCAGCCUCCUCCCGGCUACCCCAUUCCCAUUUCACAUUUCGCCUCCAAGUCAGCGGGAUUUCGCAACCUCUUCGACUGUGUUAUGAUCCUCGGAGACACACUUUGACCCCCAGAAGACUUCCUGGGCAAAACAAAGGGAUUAACGCUCAACUCUCACACUCUGCUUCUGAAAUGUCAAAUUCAAAGUGUUGCAUUAUGGUGGGAUGCCAUUAAAGCUCACGACCAUGGAAGCGGAGCGUGCACUAAAUGCCACAGUUAACAGCAGUACAAUGGACAUCCAACUGGUCACGCACAGUCUCUGGGAGGUGGUUACCAUAGCGACCGUGUCAGCCAUUGUCAGCCUCAUCACCAUAGUGGGGAAUAUCCUGGUGAUGCUCUCCUUUAAAGUCAACAGCCAACUAAAGACGGUGAACAAUUACUACCUGCUGAGUCUGGCGGCUGCAGACCUCAUCAUCGGCGUCUUCUCCAUGAACCUGUACACCUCUUACAUUCUGAUGGGUUACUGGGCCUUAGGGAACCUGUCCUGCGACCUGUGGUUGGCCGUGGACUACGUGGCCAGUAACGCCUCGGUCAUGAACCUGCUGGUGAUCAGUUUCGACAGGUACUUCUCCAUCAGCAGGCCUCUCACCUACAGAGCCAAACGGACUCCUAAGCGGGCUGGCAUCAUGAUAGGUUUGGCCUGGCUGGUGUCUCUCGCUUUGUGGGCACCGCCUAUCUUAUGCUGGCAAUACUUUGUAGGGAAAAGAACUGUCCCCGAGAGACAAUGCCAGAUUCAGUUUUUCUCAGAGCCCAUUAUAACAUUUGGAACAGCUAUUGCAGCGUUUUAUAUCCCCGUGUCAGUCAUGACCAUCCUCUACUGUCGGAUCUACAAAGAGACAGAAAAAAGGACCAAGGAUUUAGCAGAGCUUCAGGGAGUCAACCAGUCCACACGACCUGACGUCAGCCAGCCUCCGAUUAUCCGAUCGUGUUUUAGCUGUAAACUAAGGUCAGUGUCACAAGACCGCACUCAAGCCUCAUGGUCUUCCUCAAGCAGGAGCCAUGUUGCCAAGUCCACCGCCUCCACCAAAGAGGAGUUGUCCAAAGCUGGUCAGCUGACCACCUACAACAGCUACGCGUCCUCAGAAGAUGAAGACAGGUCUGUGUCUCCGAUGACCUCGCAGCCCCCUGGGAACCAGGUUUGUGAGGGCGGCAAGAGCACGGCGGGUAGCGAGAGCGAACAGCUGAGCAGCUUCAAUGAGGACAGCUUCUUCCAAACACCGCCCAAAAGCAACUCUCAGAGGAGUAGCAAGUGCGUGUCGUACAAGUUCAAAUCCGCGGCCAAAGAUGCCCUGGCGCCACACCAGAGCAAGAACGGCGACCCUAAAACAGCGUUCUCUUCGGCGGAAUCCGUGAGCACUCCGGCCGCCUCUUCGGCUUCUAAGGAUGUCACGCUGAAGAACCACAUGACAAAGAGGAAGAGGAUGGUCCUGAUUAAAGAGAGGAAAGCAGCUCAGACCCUCAGCGCCAUAUUGCUGGCCUUUAUCCUAACAUGGACUCCAUAUAACAUCAUGGUGCUCAUUUCCACCUUCUGCUCGGACUGCAUCCCCCUGUCGCUGUGGCACCUCGGCUACUGGUUGUGCUACGUCAACAGCACUGUCAACCCCAUGUGCUACGCCCUCUGCAACAAGACUUUCCGAAAGACCUUCCGCAUGCUUCUACUCUGCCAGUGGAAGAAGAAGCGGAUUGAGGAAAAACUCCACUGGUACGGACAAAACCCAACGGUUGGUUCCAAACUUACUUAGACGGUUUAAAAUGGCAUCAAAGUAGAUCUUCUAUGGCAGCGGUCUCCAACUACCAGGCAGCGUAGCCAUCAUUUCAGAAGUUGGGGAGACAAAUUGUUUAGAAGUCAACUUUUAUGUCUACGUAAAUAAUUAUCCUUUCACAUUCCACUGCUUCUCUCCAUAGUGGUCAAAAAACAAAAUUACCAAACUGCCAAACUCUGGUUGAAGUAAAACACAACAACGGUAAAGCAUACGUAGCCAAAAAGUUCAAUGUCCAAUGGCGACACUGAAGACACAAAUUCAUAUAUGUCUGCGUAGAUUCUCAGUCGUCCCAGUCAGAUCCGCAAAGUUUGUAUGAAGGCAACUGGACUGUUCUUGUUUGUUGACAACUCCACGCCUAAAAUUUUAGCAUUGAGGAAAUAUUUAGGAUUAAUUUAUGCCAGACCUCCCAGUUAACAUGGAUAUUUGACUUCAAAAGCCGUCAAUGGCAGUGAAUGAUGAAACGUUUUCAACUAACAAGAACAGUCCAGUUGCCUUGAUUCAACCUUUGACGGCAAAAAUUCAGAAGACCUUCAUUAUUGCCAACCUGCUUAUUGCACACAAAAUGGAAACGUGAAAU